AUGUCGCUCGUGACUCGGAAGGGGGUGUACCCGUACGAGUAUACAGAUAGUUGGAGCCGGUUGGAUGAAGAGAGACUACCGAGGAAGAGUGACUUUUAUAGCACGUUAAACGAGUCGGGAAUAAAGGAAGAGGAAUAUACGCAUGCAAAGGAGGUUUGGGACCACUUCGGUUGCAAGACAUUAGGCGAGUACAGUGAUCUGUAUUUGAAAAUCGACGUGUUGCUGCUGGCGGACGUCUUUGAAAAUUUUCGUGAUGUCUGCAUAAAGACAUACAACUUGGACGCGGCGUAUUAUUUUACUGCACCAGGAUUGAGUUUUGACGCGAUGUUGAAGUUUACCAGGAAAAAGUUGGAGCUGUUGAGUGAUUACGAUAUGUUAUUAAUGUAUGAGAAUGGUAUUCGUGGUGGAUUAGUGCAGGCAAGCAUGAGACAUGCCAAAGCGAAUAAUAUAAAGACCCCAGACUACGACGAAACUAAGGAGAAAUCGUGGUUGAUAUACCAGGACUGUAAUAAUCUCUAUGGCUGGGCUAUGUGUCAGUAUAUGCCAUACGGUGACUUCAAUUGGGUUGAAUCCAACUUGAACGGACUGAGUGAGAUGUCGCCAACGUCAAACAAAGGGCGAGUAUAUGAAAUUGAUGUAUCAUACCCACAACAUUUACAUGAUAAACAUAAUGACCUGCCUUUCCUGCCACAAAACGGUAUACCACCAGGCUCAAAGGUUAAAAAAUUAAUGUCAACGUUUCAGCAGAAGAAAAAUUAUAUUAUACAUUACCGGAACCUACAGCAGGCAAUUAAAAAUGGGUUAAUAGUUGAAAAAGUAAAUGUGCAUAGAGUUUUAGAAUUUAGUCAGUCUGCAUGGUUGGCUGAUUAUAUUAACUUAAACACAGAGAUGAGGAAGAAGGCACAGAACGACUUUGAGAAAGACUUUUUCAAAUUAAUGAACAAUGCGGUAUUUG